AUGAGCCGUCGUUUCUCGAUUGACGUUCCAUGCACAUCGGCCAACAUUGGCCCUGGGUUCGAUGUGGUCGGUUUGUCUCUCUCGCUCUAUCUACACCUCGAUGUCACGAUCAAUGCGAGUAAGACCGAGCAGCGUCACCCCAUUCUCUCGUACAGUGGAGAAGGCGCUAAGGAUGCGCCGCUGGAUCCCUAUCACAAUCUGAUCACACGUGUGGCCUUGUAUGUGAUGCGCGUGAACAACAUUAAGACUUUCCCUUGCGGCGUAUCGAUCCACGUACACAACGAGAUUCCUUUCGGUCGUGGUCUGGGCAGCUCGGGCGCCGCUGUGAUUGCUGGUGUGCUGCUGGGCAACGAGCUAGGCGAGUUGAAAAUCUCCAAGGACCGCCUUCUUGACUACGCGCUGAUGAUUGAACGGCACCCGGACAAUGUGGCUGCAGCGCUGAUUGGUGGCUUUGUUGGGUCGUACUUGCUGGAGCUCACAGGCGAAGAUGCGGUGACGACGCAAGUGCCCCUCAGUGAGGUACUCCCUGAAUACCCAGAUGACGCAUCGGAAGCAUGGGGCUACAACCCGCCCACGCCACCUCAGGGCAUUGGCCACUACAUCCGCUUCGGAUGGGCAAAGGAGAUCAAGGUCAUUGCCAUUGUCCCUCACUUCGAGGUGCUGACGGCCGAAGCACGAAGUGUCUUGCCAGAGACGUACUCCAAGAAGGACCUGAUCUUCAACCUACAGCGCCUCGCAGUGCUUACCACCUCUCUCACGCGCUCACCGCCGGACGUCGGCCUGAUCUACCAGGCGAUGCAGGACCGCGUGCACCAGCCGUAUCGCAAGAACCUCAUCCCUGGUCUGCCGCGCAUUCUCGCCUCUGUCACGCCGUCAACGCACCCUGGCUUGCUGGGCAUCUGCCUUUCGGGUGCUGGGCCUACGAUCCUGGCCCUGGCAACCGACAACCUGCAGGACAUUGCCGAUACCAUCUGCGCCGAGUUUGCGAAGGAGAACAUUACAUGCGAUGCCAAGUUCCUCCAAGUCACAGAGGACGGUGCGGUGGUUCGGGAGCAGUAA